GCCCAGCCUGCCUCCCUCUCCUCGCCAGCCUCCACUUACCGCCGCUCGGCGCUCGCCCUUCGUUUCUCGCGCAGCUCGCCACUCAGCCAGAUCGAGUCUGCAGAUUGAUUAUGAAGAGAAAGAGUGAUAGCCAAAUUGCAUCUCUUUUCCGGAAUCGUGAAGCGAAGAUUGCAUCUAGUUCAUUGCCCUUGGUUGUACUUGUAGCUGAUGAGCAAACCGAAGACCCAAGGCAUUCCGCACCUCCUGUCCAAUCUGAUUCCGAGAGUGAGAAUGAAACAGAAGAUGCAAUACCAGAUCCACCAUCACCAGAACGACCAAGUGCAACAUCAUAUGAUGCUCACUUCAUGCCGUAUGAUCCAGGGGAAAGGGUUCCUAUUUCUGCAUAUGCUGUCAAUGAUCAGGAUGUUGUUCGGAGAGGAUAUAUCGCAAAAGGCCCAUGCCAACCAUAUUCACAUGACUUCGAAACCAGAAAAAUAUAUGGCGUAAGUCGGCACUUGAAAUGGGUGAAAUUGAAAGUGGAAGUGGAUUGAAUCAAGAAAUGGGUUUAUCUAGACCCGGUGAUACUCGGUGGGGUUCUCACUUUAAAACCAUCCUACACAUUGUUGAUAUGUACUCCACAAUCCUUGAAGUGCUAGUAAGGAUUGGAAAGGAUCCUUCUCAAAAGAGUGAGUGGUCAAGAAUACGUGGAAUUGCUGCCGCCUUUGAAUCAUUUGACUUUGUUUUCAAUCUUCACUUGAUGCUUGUUAUUCUUGGAUACACAAAUGACUUGUCUAUAUCUCUGCAAAAGAAGGAUCAAGAUAUUCUUAAUGCAAUGGAUCUUGUUAGAUUGGCAAAGGAUCAAAUGCAACGUAUGAGGUCUAAUGGAUGGGAAGGAUUUCUUGCAAAGGUGACAUUGUUUUGCAACAAACAUGGCAUUGGAGUUCCUUCACCGGAGGAUAAUUACGUGGCUCAUGGUAGAUCACAUCGGUAUUAUGAAAUACAAACAAAUGAUGAUCGGUAUAGAAGAGAAGUGUAUCUUGGUGUCGUUGAUCAAAUUAUUCAAGAGCUUGAUAAUCGGUUUGAUGAGGUUAACAUGGAGUUGCUUAUUUGCAUGUCGGCUUUGAAUCCCCUCAAUUCAUUUGCUUCUUAUGGUGCACAAAAGGUAAUGAAACUUGCAAGCUUCUACCCCAAUGAAUUUCCAAGCUUGUCUUUGAUAAGGCUUGAAUUCCAACUUGAUACCUUUAUCAAUGAUAUGAGAAGGGAUGAUAGGUUUAAAUGUGUAAAUCAUCUUGGUGAGCUCUCUAUUAAGCUUGUUGAAACAAACAAGCAUGUUGUUUAUGAUCUAGUCUACUUACUUCUCAAGUUGAUAUUGCUCUUACCGGUGGCGACGGCGAAUGUUGAAAGAGCAUUUUCUUCAAUGAGUCUAGUGAAAAACAAGUUGAGAAAUAGUAUGGGUGAUGACCUCUUGAACUAUUGCUUAGUGACAUUUAUUGAGCGAGAUGUGUUCUUGAAAGUAAGUGAAGAUGACAUAGUUGAAACCUUCAUGGGAAUGAAAGAACGUAGAUUUACCAAAUCCAAGUGAUGUAAUUUUCUAUAUUUCAUUUCAUAAUGUAAGACUUGGUUAAUGUUUUGAGCUAUUUGUAUUGGAAUCAUGUAAAACUGAAACCUAUGUGUUGAUCUACAA